UAGAGCCUAACAUACACUGGCAUUGGCAAUGUCGUCGUUGACGAGGCCGCCGGCAAGCACGCGACCACAGCUGCGUCGUAGGGUGACAUUGGUAACGGUGGUCGUUUCCAUGUCGCUCCUCUCAUUGCUGUGCCUUCCUAUCGCCGCAGAUGCAAGGACGCUGCACUACCACCGGAAGCACCGGAGGCACCACAGGCACCACCACACGGCCAACAAUGGCCACAUCUCUCUGCCCCCCGCCGCACUCCCUCCCGAUGUCGACGGCGAUUCGCCCGCCGAACCACCGGCUUUCCCUCCGGACGUCGGCGACCCGCCCCCGCCGCGCCCUCGCCACGACAAGCCGUGCCCAGUGCCGCGUCCUCCCUUAAUAAUGGCACCGAUCGGCGCGCCAAAGCCCACGCCAGCUCCAGCCAAGCCACCGGCUUCCACCUUUGCCAAGUCGCCGCCACCCACGCCGGCUAAUGCACCAUCUCGUUCUCAUGCCAAGCAGCCGUCACCCUCGCCGGCGGAGCCGCCCACACUUCCUCGCGCCAAAGCACCAUCAUUGUCUCCGGCCUGGCCACCGACUUCCUCCUUGACGAAGCCGCCGUCGCCUGCGCCAGCCAAGGCACCAUCUCGUCCUCAUGCCAAGUCACCGUCCCUCCAGCCGGCUGAGCCGCCCACACUUUCUCGGUCCAAGUCACCGUCGUCAACUCCGGCGAGGCCACCGUCACUCUCCCCUAGAAAGGCGCCGGCACCAUCGUUCUCCUCUUCCAAGCCACCGUCGUCGCCACCCAUUCAUGCCAAACAGCCACCGUGCACCCCGGCUAAGCCACCACAGGCCCUGCCACCGAGAGUCGCUGCGGCCAAGCCACAGCCACCAAUGCCUACGACGGUCAAGCCACCGCGGCUGGCCCCGGCCACGCCGCCAUUGCCAUUGCCAUCGCCAACCCAGCCACCGCGGCUCCCCCCGGAAAAUCCACGGGCAGCUCCUACCGUGUCAGCAAAGCCACCAGCGCUCCCUCCGACCAUGUCAAAGGCUCCUCCACCGCCGCUCCCACCGGCAGCUCCAGUUGGCAACAACAGCUCAGCGGCCUGCGGCAACGUGUUCGACGUUAGGGCGUUCGGGGCGUCGGGAAACGGCUCGUGCGACGACACGCGCGCGUUCCGCUCGGCGUGGAAGGCGGCGUGCUCGUCCGACUCCGCGACGCUGCUGGUGCCGUCAGACGGCGUUUUCACCAUCACCUCCACCAUCUUCGCCGGGCCAUGCAAGCCGAGGCUGACCUUCCAAAUUGACGGCGUGCUGAUGCCGCCGGACGGACCGGCAAGCUGGCCGGUGGCCGACGGACGGAAGCAGUGGAUAGUGUUCUACAGGGUCGACGACAUGAUGCUGGCGGGGAAAGGCACCAUCGAAGGCAACGGGGAGGAGUGGUGGGAGCUCCCAUGCAAGCCUCACAGGGGACCGAACGGAUCGACGCUGCCCGGGCCAUGUGACAGCCCUGCUCUCAUACGGUUCUUCCUGAGCAACGACGUGACGGUGCAAGGCCUGCGGAUCGAGAACAGCCCGCAGUUCCACCUCAAGUUCGAUGCCUGCCAGAGGGUGCGCGUCGACGGCCUCUUCGUCAGCUCGCCGGCGUUCAGCCCCAACACCGACGGCAUCCACGUCGAGAACACCAAGUCAGUCCAGAUUCUCAACUCCAGGAUCUACAACGGCGACGAUUGCGUCUCCAUCGGCGCCGGCUGCUCCGACGUCCACAUCGACAACGUAACAUGCGGCCACGGCCAUGGCAUAAGCAUCGGCAGCCUGGGCGUGCACAACACGCGCGCGUGCGUGUCCAACAUCACGGUCCGGAACGCGCGGAUCCUCGACUCCGACAACGGAGUCCGCAUCAAGACGUGGCAGGGUGGCACGGGCGCGGUGUCGGCGGUCGAGUUCGCUGGCGUGCAGAUGCAGAACGUCAAGAACUGCAUCAUCAUCGACCAAUACUACUGCCUCGGCAGCGGAUGCGCCAACCAGUCCUCCGCGGUGCGCGUCUCCGGGGUCACGUACCGGAACAUCAGCGGCACGUACAACCCGCAGGCCGUCGCGCCCAUCCGCCUCGCCUGCAGCGACGCCGUCGCCUGCACCGACAUCACGAUGUCUGGCGUCGAGCUCCUGCCGGCCGGCGGAGGCGGAGGCGGCGCGGGGGCCCUGCUCGCGGACCCUUACUGCUGGAACGCGUACGGGGUGAUGGAGACGCUCACGCUGCCGCCGGUGUACUGCUUGCAGGAAGGACGGCCCGAGUCCCUGCAGGAUCAGCUCACGAGCUGCUGAGCAACCAAAAUUUCUCUGUUUUAAAAAAGGUGUUCUU